AUGGCCGGUGACGACCAAAAGGUCGCGCCAAAAGACGCGUCGACGUCAUCCGAGACGGCCAAAGACCGACUCGCCCAAGUCAGCUCGCACAUCGCCCCGAACACGCCGAAGCGACGAAGACGCAAAGCCGCAGACUCAGAUGCACCUGCAGAUUACUCCGACAUUCUCGGACAGAUUGCGACACUCCGCAAGAUCGCUGCGACGCCAGAUACAAAUAACAGGGGCUACCUGAGGCAGAAGCAGGCGGGAAAGCUAUGGGUGCGGGAGAGGGUGGAACAGCUGCUUGACCCUGGCAGCUUUCAAGAAGUAGGCAGUGUGAGCGGGACAGUCAAAUGGAAGCAACUCGGGCCAGUGAAAGAAGAACCAGAAGAAUAUGUGCCCUCGAACAACGUGCAAGGCUUCGGGCGACUACGAGGUCGAAAGAUUGUAUUCACGGCUGAUGACUUUUCCAUUCGCGCCGGACAUGCUGAUGGCGCCCUUAUGGAGAAAACAAUAUACAUGGAAAAACUUGCUAUUGCGCUGAAGCUACCCAUUGUUAAACUUGUCGACGGCUCGUCAGGCGGCGGCUCCGUCACCACCAUCCGCUCUACCGGCUUCUCCUACGUCCCUCCGCUACCUUCCUUCGCACAAGUGGUACAACAACUCAACAUGGGUAUACCGAACCUAAGCGCGGUGGUUGGACCGGCCAUCGGCUUAGGAGCGGCUCGCGUGGUUGCCUGUCACUUUUCUGUCAUGGCCGCCGACAUUGGCUCCUUGUUCAACGCUGGCCCUAGUGUGGUGAAGAAUGCGACAUUCGAGGAGGGCCUGUCGUUCACAGAUCUUGGUGGGCCAGCAAUGCAUUGUACCAACGGAACUAUCGAUAAUCUGGCACCGGAUGAGGCAGGCUGCUUCGAACAGAUACGAACAGUUUUGGGCUACUUACCUGAUUGCGGUACGAAGCUGCCUCCAGUAAUUGACUGCUCUGAUCCAGUCGACCGAAUGUCGGAAACCCUCCGAUCCAUCAUUCCGCGUUCUAAGAAUCGCAUGUAUAACCCGCGCGCUAUCAUAACCGAAGUCGUGGACCAAGAUUCAUUCUUUGAGAUCGGCGCGCUUUGGGGUACCACAGCCAUUGUUGGCCUGGCACGGUUUGCAGGCAAGCCAGUCGGGAUCGUGUCUCUAAACUGCGAACAGAAUGCUGGCGCGCUGGAUGCGUUGGGGUCGCAGAAGAUCACGCGCAUGCUGAAGUUCCUGGACGUCUUCAACCUUCCACUCAUUCAAUUCGUCGACGUCCCAGGUUACGCAAUAGGAACCGUAGCAGAGCGCACUGCAACCAUGCGGCACGGUGUCACUCUUGCUGCAACCUAUUACAGCACAACCAUGCCCAUCUUCAACGUCAUCGUACGCCGUGUCUACGGUGUAGCAGGAGGCAUCAUGCUAGACUGCCGCGACCCUCGCAUGCGCGUUGCUUGGCCAUCGGGCGUGUGGGGCUCCUUGCCACUCGAGGGCGGCAUUGAAGUCGGGCACUCGUUCGAACUCAAGGAGAUUGAAAGAAAAGAAGGUAAAGAGGCGCGGGACAAGCGUUAUACAGAAUUAGAGAACGAGUACAAACGAUUGAUGAAUCCAGUCCGCACAGCGAAUGCGUUCGGUAUCGAGGAGAUUAUAGACCCGGCAUAUACGCGACGAGUUUGCUGUGAGUGGACAAGUCAUAUGUACGAGAGCUUACUGCCAGAGCGGAUUCAGGAGCGGAUCGCAGGGAAGUUGCAGCCUUCCUUCGCUUAG